AUGGUUGCUUACGAAGAUGAUGAUUUGAUGGAUUAUGAAGAAGAAUUACCAGAAUUCGAAAACGAGGCUGAUUUAGACGAGUAUUUGAAUGACGAUGAGUACGAGUUAAUGAACCAGCUUUUCCCCCAUGUUAAAAAGGAGAUGGUGGAUUAUCAGGGCUGGGAUAAUUUUGCAUUGAAGAAGACGAUUUUUGAAACUAAUUUUGACCCAGAUGAGUCUCUAAAAAUAUUGAAAAGAAGUUUCAAGAAGAAAAAAUCAGAAGCAGCAAAAACAAAGGCGGUGGAAAAUUUCAAGAAGCCAAGUCCUGAUGAUGUUGUGCUAGAAGCUCAAUCAAGGGCUUUAGACAACGUCACCGAAAAUGUGUCCAAAUUAAAAGUUCAAGAGGAAAAACAGGCAAAGCAGCAAUCACAACCCAAAUUGGCUACGAAACCAACAAAGCCUACUGAUCCAAUUGAUAUUCAGAACUAUUUAUCUAAAGGUAAACCCCAUUGUAGUUUUGUUGUGAUUGGUCAUGUUGAUUCCGGUAAGUCAACUUUAAUGGGUAGAGUACUAUACGAUUUAGGUGUAGUAGAUAUCAGCCACUUGAGAAAAUUGAAAAGAGAAAGUGAGAUUGUUGGUAAGAGUUCAUUCCAUCUGGCAUGGGUAAUGGAUCAAACACCUGAAGAAAGAGAGCGUGGUGUUACAGUAUCUGUUUGCACAAACGAUUUUGAAACCCCAUCGACGAGAUUUACUAUCGUGGAUGCCCCUGGUCACAGAGAUUUCGUUCCCAAUGCCAUUGCAGGUAUUUCUGAAGCUGAUGCUGCCGUUUUAUCCAUUGAUUGCGGUACUGACGCAUUUGAAUCUGGAUUUAACCUAGAUGGUCAAACCAAGGAACAUACCCUUUUAGCAAGAAGUUUAGGUGUUGGCCACAUCAUUGUUGCAAUGAACAAAAUGGAUACUGUUGAUUGGUACCAAGAAAGAUUCGAGCAAAUCAGACGUGAACUUUCCUCCUUUUUUGAAACUAUCGGUUACAGACCUGAACAAAUUAGCUGGAUUCCCUGCAGUGGUCUAACUGGUGCAAACGUCGUUAAGAGAACCACACAUGAGAUGCAGAAUUGGUACCAGGGACGUUCGCUAGUGGAAGAAUUGGAAUAUAAAGCUGAGCAAAUAGAGAAAUCAUACCAGGAAGAUAUUAUCAAUGCACCUUUCCUGUUUUCCAUUACAGAGGUAAUUUCUGUCAAUAAAAACGAAGAAGUGGUUGUUUCCGGUAAAGUGGAAUCUGGUUCAAUCCAGCCAGGUGAAACUUUGAACAUUUUCCCCAGUGAACAAAGUGUUGUAGUGAAUAGAAUCACCAUCGAUAAUAAUGAACGGAAAGUACCUGUGGCCACCAAAGGUGAUUUCGCAGUCCUCAGACUACGUAAUGCCUUUGCAGAAAUCAUUGAAGCAGGUGAUUUGGCUGCAUCUGUUGGUGUGGAGAUCCCAGUGAGGAACACAUUGAAAGUACAAGCUUUAACCUUUCAAAUGAGUCGUCCUCUAUUGCCUGGUACACCAUUCAUGUUUUUCAAGGGGGUUAAUGAACAACCGGCAAGGGUCAGUAAAUUAAAUUCGAUUAUUGACAAGCAAGAUCCAAGUAAAAUUAUCAAGAAAAAGGUGAAGCACUUGGGUUCUAAUCAAGCUGCUAUUUUCGAAAUUGAAUUGGUCGAAAAGGAAAGAUGGAUCCCAUUCCUGACAUCUACUCAAAAUAGAAGAAUGAGCAGAAUAGUCAUGAGAAAGGAAGGUAGGACCAUUGCAGCGGGUACGAUCAUCGAAUAG